AUGAAGGCUGUAGUUGAAAACUACGAUACAGUGGUGAUUGGAAAACAUCUUGAACGGGUGUUGAACUACAAUGUACCUGGCGGUAAAAAAAAUCGUGUAAAAAUUAUUUUGGCUGCUUUUAAGGAGACUGCACCAAAGGAAAUGUUAACAGACGAAAAUCUCAUACUAGCAGUUUACCUAGGAUGGUGCAUGGAAGUGCGUCAGGCGUCUUACAUCAUUGUGGAUGAUAUUAUAGAUGAAGCUACAACACGAAGAGGCAAACCGUGCUGGCAUAAGCUUGAUGAUGUUCAAUCGAAGGCCAUCAUUGAUUACAUAAUCAUAGAUUCAGCAAUGUAUAAGUUUAUCAAAAAGAACUUUAAUCAUUUGCCCUGCUACGAAAAUAUCAUUGAUACAUUACACACAAAUAUAUUAAUCUCAUCUAUAGGAGAGUAUCUGGACAUGAUAGCAACGCACCAGGAUGUCUUGACAUUCACAAUGGAGCAGUUUAGAAAAAUUUCCAUUUAUAAAACUGCUAAUUAUACAGUUUAUACACCAACAAAAUUGGGCCAAAUUCUGGCAGGAAAAGAAGAUGUGCAUUGUGAAAAAGCUAAAAAUUUUCUUUAUGAAAUAGGAUUUUUUCUUCAGAUUCAGGACGAUUUCUUGGAUUGCUACGGAGAUCCAAAAGUAACAGGAAAAAUUGCAACAGAUAUCCAAGAUGGGAAAUGCACGUGGCUUGUUGUAACAUUCCUUCAACGCGCCAAUAGAGCUCAAAAGGAUAUUCUCAAGAAGUUUUAUGGAAAAAAGGAUGAAGAAUCCGUUGCGAGGAUUAAGCAACUCUAUGAAGAUGUUGGUUUGCGUGAGGCCUACAGAACCUACGAAGAUACAGCCUACAAAAGCCUUAAAAAGGGUAUUCAGGAGACGAACGGGAUUCCUAAGAAAAUGUGUGAAGGCCUAAUGGAUAAAAGUUAUAAGAGAAAAAUUUAA